CUCUCAAUCUUCUUCGCUCUUUAAUGCCUCUCCCCCCGCCCUGCAGCAUUUUUACAAAAAUUCUGAAACACAAAAUGCAUUCAAAACCUCUCCCUCUCCUCCUCACCCUUCUCUCCCUCAUCUCUCUCUCCCACUCCUCCUCCUUCUCCUCGUGUCCCUACCAAUCCGACCUCCGCGUCCUCUCCCUCGCCUUCGCCUCCGUCUCCAACUUCUGUCCCCCCAUCCCCGCCCCGUCCCGUUGCGAUCCAAUCCAGUCUGUACUCCUCCCUUCGGAAAACCUCACCGGCAGCGUCUCAUGGAUGGUCCUCCGAAACCUCUCCGCCCUCCGAUCCCUCGACCUCUCCGGCAACGCCCUCCAGGGCUCCAUCCCCGGCCGCUUCUGGUCCCACCCCGCCCUCGCGCACGUCAACCUCUCGUCCAACCGCCUCGGCGGCGCCCUCCGCUUCGGUGCAGCUCAGUCUAAGAUAAUUCUUUCCCUCGACGUCUCCGCCAACCGAUUCACCGCCGUGUCGGGACUCUCGCGGCUCGCCCGGUUGGAGUACCUGGACCUGUCGCGUAAUUCGAUUGUCGGAGUGCUCCCCGAUGAUUUGCCGCCGCUCUCCGGGCUUCGGUUCUUGAACGUGUCGCACAACAACUUCUCCGGGCGGGUCGACGAUAUGCUGCUGAAGAAGUUCGGAAGGUCGGCUUUUAUAAAAGCCGGGAUUAAUAUUAAGUUCGUCGAUUCGGCCGCUUCUUCUCCUUCUUCUUCAGUAAUAAGGAACGCGCAAAGGAAGACGAUUCGGAAGCGGAGUGCGAGACUGAGUUUGAUAAUCGGGUUGGGUUUUGUUGCGUUGGUAGGAAUAUUAUUGUUUUGCAUGUUAUGCGCAGUGAGGCGUAGCAAGAAGGGAAAGGGAAAGGAGAGGAAGGACGUGGAGGAGGCUGAACGGAAAGAGGCGGAGACCGAGGGGCGGUGGGCGGCGGAGGCGGAUUGGGCUGAGCCGGAAAACGAUGCCGCCGCCGCAGCCGCCGCCUUCCGAGAACUUGCCCGGCUCCGCCACCCCAAUCUCCUUCCCCUCCUUGGCUACUGCAUUUCGGGGCCGAACAAGUUAUUGUUAUACGAGUACAUGGAGAGAGGAGACCUCCACCAAUGGCUACACGAGCUCCCGCCGGGGAGGCCCGACGUGGAGGACUGGAGCGGCGACACGUGGGAGCUCGGCGACGAGCGAAGGGCCACGCUCGGCGAUUGGCCCACGCGUCACCGGAUAGCGCUGGGCGUAGCACGUGGCUUAGCUUUCCUGCACCAGGGGUGGGCCGGGUCGGGCCGCGCCGUGGUCCACGGCCACGUGGUCCCGUCCAACGUCCUCCUCGCCGAGGAUCUGGAGCCCCGGAUCGCCGAUUUUGGGAAAUCGAGUGGGGCAACUCCGGAGGACGACGUGUACAGCUUCGGAGUAGUGGUCAUGGAGCUCUUAACGGGCCGGGCCGGAUGGGACGAGUGUUCGUUGGGCCCGGCCCGGGGAAUGGUGAGAGAAGGGCGGGGGUUGGAGGUGGUGGACCCCAGAUUGACGACCGACGGAGUGAGCCCGGAGACGGAGAAGGAGAUGGUAGAGUGCUUGCGAGUCGGAUAUCUCUGCACGGCCCAGUCGCCGGAGAAGCGGCCCACCAUGCAGCAGGUGGUGGGCCUUCUUAAGGACGUUCGGCCUGCCUCGGCCACGUCCUCGUCCGCUUCAUCUUGUUAGAAGUUAUCCUUUCUAUUUGGCCAAACUGUAAAGUGUAAUAUUUAUUGCCUUCUUGAUUAUUUUUUUGCUUUCUGCGGGGCGCGCGCGCGCUGUUGUUUUAUCAUGUUUUGAUUUCAAAGAUAUUGCCCUUGCAGUGAAGUAAUUUUGUUUUCCUCACCUGUU